GGACUGGGCGCAAUGACCGUACCGGGCCUCGCCGGGUUACUUGGCCGCGUUCCGGCCACGGCGUGGAGAGCGGCAAGAUCACCCGUUCUGUGUCAUUCUUUGAGGAAAAUGAGUUUUGAAAGAGAAAAAUCUGAACCCAUCAAACAAUCCCUUAAGAAGCCAGAGUUACCAGAAGGUCGUUUUGAUGCACCAGAAGAUUCCAAUUUAGAGAAAGAACCACUGACAAAAUUUCCAGAUGAUGUUAAUCCUGUUACCAAAGAAAAAGGUGGACCCAGGGGCCCGGAACCUACUCGAUAUGGAGAUUGGGAACGAAAAGGACGCUGCAUUGAUUUUUAAGCCACAUGUUCUCUGACUUCAGUAUCUUUUUCUGAUUGUGUACAUCUGAAUUAACUUAUUUCUGAUUGUCUUCCUUCUGUGUGUUAUUUCAGUCAUCUAAUUUCUGUAAUGUGUUUAAAGAGGUAUAUGACGGCUUUGGAAGAAAAUAUGCUGCUAUAAAUUAAGAAAGAAAAUAUUUCUACAUUAGCACACUAAUUUUAAUUUAAAUGUAUUAGAGUAUUUAAGUGAUGAUUAGAACUGCAAACUUUUAUUUCAUCAUGUCUCAGUUUAAAUUAAGCAGCUGCUUAUGAAAUACAAAUGCAAAUAAAACACCUUUUUAAAAAAAAUAAUUUUAUUUGUAU